CUCAAAGUGCAGAAUUGAGUGAACGAGGAAAUUUGUUUUCCGCGAUCAUGCUCAAAUCUGUCACAAAAAAGUUGAAACCGUUCAUAGAAGCAAAACUUAACGAGGAGUACGUGUCUAUAGCGAACGAUGCGAAUUUGUACUGUUUGGACUAUAUUGAAGAGCGAUUGAAACGCUCCAAUAUCGAUUCAGAUCUUGAAUUUAUCCGACCUAAAGCUGUGUCUGAGAGUCUUCUUUCAAUUUCUGCAAAAAUAAUCGAAGUCGGUGAGCUUUUGGAAACAACUUACCCUCAUCUGUAUAACAACGUUUCAAAACAGCUCAAGGUAAAAUUACGGAGCGAGGUAAUAGUCGGCGACAUUUUCAGAAACUUCGGACGCGAGCUGUUUCGCGAAGGUAUCACUUGGGGACGAAUCGUAGCCCUGUUCGCGUUUGCGGCUGCUAUCAGUGCUGACUGCAUAACCCAGGGACGACCAGAGCUUGUGAAAAAUGUGCUUAGCUGUGUCAGACUUUAUGUUUUGGAUCAUUUGGCCGUUUGGAUUAGGAGUCAAGGUGGAUGGGCUGAUAUCAGUGAAAAAUUUAAAUGCAUCGAAAAGAGAUAUUCGAUGGCGUAUUUCCUCCGAUGGUUUGACUAUAACAGAUUGUGGCUGGUCAAUACGACGAAGGAAAGACUUAACUUGCUACUGUGUGCAAUAGUAGAGUGCAUAGGUCUUAUAGACGGAGGCUGACCAACCAGCUCGUAUUAUUAUGACGUAUAUAUAUAUAUAUAUUCUUUCUUUUUUAUGAUGUUUCCUCAGAUUUCCCUGAAAUCCUGAGGUCAAGAAACCGUGAUCUGAAUACUACCCACAAUGCCUUUCGGGGCCAUUUCGUGCACUUCACUGCGUUUCCCGCAACCUUUCUGCAGACAGCUAUAUAUAUACUUGAGGAAAAAUGAAAAAAAGAAAGAACUAACCCUACUGAACGACCAAAACGAGGUAAACUCGACAAGAGGGAAUUCUAAGUGACCUGCAGAAAUCAAUGUUUACAAUGUAACGAAAUAAUUUGGAUAUAUCAACAAAGUUGAAAUGGUAAAUUG